UGAAGACUAAAAGCAGAAGAAAAAAGGGAGGGAGGUCAAAAAGCAACUGUACCACGUGACUGGAGGCGAAGAGAGACGUUCGAGAGAUGCUCUUUAAUUAGAACUCCCAUCUUCCGAAGCUGAGUCGUCUGGAUAAUAAGCGAGUAGGAGAAGUGCAAAAUGAUUCGAUUCAAUUUAGGGUUCCUUCUGUGUGCAGUGGCUCUCCUUUCAAUUGUGCUUGCAAAAGAGCUGCCACAGGGGAGUGAAGAGAAAGAUCAACUGGACCUCAUUGCAGAGGACGAAAGUCUAAAUGAAAUCGAUGAGAAGGACGCGUCGAAUGAAGUAGCGGGAGGCUACGUACCAGACCCUUGUCUCAAGGUUCGUUGUGGAGCUGGAAGGAUUUGCGAAGUGAAUGACAAAGGCGAAGGUCAGUGCGUCUGCAUACCGGAAUGCCCCCAAGAGACCGAUGACCGAAGGAGGGUAUGCAGUAACCACAAUGAGACCUGGAGUAGCGAUUGCGAGGUGUACCGGAUGCGAUGUUUUUGCAGUGAAGACUCGGAAGAGUGCAAGACCAAAAAGUACAAACAUGUCCACGUCGAUUAUUACGGGGAGUGCAGAGACAUCCCUAAAUGUUCCGAAGAAGAAAUGGAAGAUUUUCCUCGACGCAUGCGCGAGUGGCUCUUCAACAUCAUGAAAGAUCUGGCUCAGCGGGCUGAGCUGGACGACCGCUAUCUGGAACUGGAGCAGGAGGCAGAAAGGGACCUGGCUAAGAAGUGGGCUAACGCUGUCAUCUGGAAGUUCUGCGAUCUCGAUUCGCAUCCUUUUGACAGGAGCGUUUCUCGCCACGAACUGUUCCCCAUCCGCGCGCCCCUUCUCGCCAUGGAGCACUGCAUCGCCCCCUUCUUGGAUAAAUGCGACGCUGACGAUGACCACAGAAUAUCCCUUAAGGAAUGGGGACUCUGCCUGGGGUUGGAAGAGAAUGAAAUCGAAGACAAAUGUGCUGCUAUUCGAGACAACGAAUAGAUUGAAAACAUUUUAAUCGUGAACUUUCACUGCCAUUAGUGUCUCUGCAGCAAGCCUCGUGAAUUCAAGUGCCAAAGUUUUUUUCAUAUAUUUGUAUCUGAUGCAAAUCAGUAUGCUCGGUGUCUAAUUUCUGUACGAAAAUUGUAACUCUUAAUAAUGUAAUGUUUUUUUUUUUAAAUAAACUAAUUUGUGAAACUCUG